ACACACAGCCACAGAGGAUUUAGUCUUUGAGUACGCCCUGAACAGUGAGUUAGCAUCAUCUCAAAGAGAAACAUGCACGUACAAUGUGGUCCUUAAAUAUAUGGUUGAGAUUCUGAUCUGUGAAAAAUGAGUUGGAUGUUCUCCAUCUGGGUGGCGACGGCCCUGCUGGCUCUCUGUGAGGGACAAAACACUGUGCAUGAAGGAAAUAUCCUGUCUCCGUCUGGCUACCACCUAUGUAUUCGCAACGAGACAAGGAAUGUGAGUUCAAUGGUGAUACAUACAGUCCCAUAUACUCUGACAAUGCCUUGUGGUGGCUGGCUGAAGACAUGUACACACACACUGUACAAGAUGACCCAUCAGGUGGAGUUCAAGACAGUGGUGGUGCAGGUGACCCGAUGCUGCAGCGGCUACGUACAAGUCGGCCAUUACUGCGCCCUGCCUGUAAACAGGAGUGACGAAUACACUGCCAAGCCAGGAUCGUGUCCAACUGCAGAUGGAUUCUAUGCCAGUUCUGAGAUCUGUGAGUGGGACACGGACUGUCCAGGCUGGCAAAAAUGCUGCAAGAGAUCCGAUGUCUUUCGCUGCAGCGAUCCUGCAACCUCAUCACAUUAUUCUGAGAAUGGAGGAUACCGUUUUAAUGCAACAGUGAUGGUGAAGACAGAUUACCAGGAACUGAAGACCAACGACAGAGACCAUCUGAGUCACACACGACUGAUACAAGCAAUGGUGACUGGAGCUCUGCAGGCUGAUGUUUCAGUUUAUUACCUCAGCUCACACCCUGUGCAUCCCUUCAGAACUGCCACCUCGCUGCUGAUUGAGUGCAACUUCACUCUUUCACUGUACAAUGUCACGUCGAAGCUGCAUCUCCUGCUCAAACACAUACAGGAAGUGUCAUCUGUAACUGUGGAGGAUGUAGAUGAGUGUGCCCACCCUGCUCUCCGCCACUGUUCCCCUAUGGCAGACUGUAACAACACAGUGGGCUCCUAUACUUGUGCCUGCGCCCAAGGAUAUAUUGAUGUUGACCCCAGUUACCCUGGAGCCGACUGCACAGCUGACGUCAGGGUUACGACCACCACACCGUCCCCGCUUACCUCCCUUCCACCCAUGAACACGACCUACGCCCCCGAUUUCAACAGCACGCAGGACCCUCUGGGCAACAACACCGUGGGUCCCUUCAUCUCCACUGAGAGCAGCAUGACUACAGCUCUGAGUAAUACAAGUUCUGCAUCUUACAGCAACAUGAGCUCAACUGUAGAGUCACCUCUGCCAACAACCACGUGCUCUCCUCCCAGCAUCACCAGCAUAUGGUCAACUAAUGUCACUGGGACCUCCUUCUGUGUCUACUGGUCCGCUCAGUUCCAGACGAACCAGACUUACCGGGUCGUUCUGAGCAAAAGGUCAGAGGUCAUUAAUUCUGCGGUUACCAGUCAGACCAUGAUGGAGAUGAGGGAUCUGCAGCCUGGGGUACUCUACAAUGUUACUGUCACGCCUCAUUCCUGCUCAAGUGAAGGAGUCAGCGUUCAUAUAUUAGUCAAGACUGAUGCUCAGACUCUUGAUGCCACAGCACGACUUACCAACAUUGAAUUCAGCGAUGAUCUGAAGAACACCAGCAGUCAGGCCUAUGAAAACCUAACUAACAGUAUUACACAGGAGAUCUACCAGUCUCUGUCUCCAGAGAUGAAGGCCUUGGUGGAAUCAGGCCAGGUGAGAAUCGAGAUCACAGGCUUUUCCGAAGGGAGUGUGGUGGUCAACUUCAACAUCAUCUCCGUCCCCAGUCAAAGCCAAGACAUCAGUAAUGUUUCCACAGCUCUGCUGAACUCCCUCAUAAACAGCACCAAAUAUACUGUGGAAAACACAAGUACAAAUGAUUUUGAUGAAUGUGCCUUAUCCGAAAAUGACUGUUCUCAGUGGGCUAAUUGUACAAACACCUGGGGCUCCUACACAUGUGCUUGCCUAGAUGGAUUUAUAGACAACAACCCAGCAAGGCAGGGACGAACCUGUCAAGCAAUCGCAACAACCACGACUGCUCCAGCAACCACCACUUCUGUCCCAACAACUGUCCCAACAACAACCAGUUCUGUCCCAACAACUGCCCAAACAACAACUAAUACUGCCCAAACAACUGCCCCCACAAUACCCACUACUGCCCCAACAACUGCCCUAACUUCUACCACUACUGCCCCAACAUCUGCUCCCACAACCACCCCAACUGCCCCAACAACUGCGCCAACUUCCACCACUACUGCCCUAACAACUGGUGCAAUAACAACCACUACUGCCCUGACAACUGUACCAACAACCACCACUACUGCCCCAACAACUGCUCCAUCAACCACCACUACUGCCCCAACAACUGCCCCAACUUCCACCACUACUGCCCCAACAUCUACUCCCACAACCACCCCAACUGCCCCAACAACUGCGCCAACUUCCACCACUACUGCCCUAACAACUGGUGCAAUAACAACCACUACUGCCCCGACAACUGUACCAACAACCACCACUACUGCCCCAACAACUGCUCCAUCAACCACCACUACUGCCCCAACAACUGCUCCAACAAUUGUUCCAACCACCCCCAUUACUGCCCCAACAACUGCUCCAACAGUUGUUCCAACCACCACCACUACUGCCCCAACAACUGCUCCAACAACUGAUCCAACAACCACCACUACUGCGCCAACAACUGCUCCAACUAUUGCUCCAACAACCACCACUACUGCCCCAACAACUGCUUCAAUAAUUGCCCUAAUAACAACCACUAUUGCCCCAGCAACUGCCCCAGCAACUGCUCCAACAACCACCACUGCUGCUCCAACAUCCAUCACUACUGCCCCAAUAAUUGCUCCAACAACCACCACUACUGCCCCAACAACUGCUCCACCAACAACCACUACUGUCCCAACAACUGCUCCAAAAACCACCACUACUGCCCCAAUAAUUGUUCCAACAACCACCACUACUGCCCCAACAACUGCUCCACCAACAACCACUACUGUCCUAACAACUGCUCCAACAACUACUGCCCCAACAACUGUCCCAACAACCACCACUUCUAUCCCAACAACUGCUCCAAAAACCGCCACUACUGUCCCAAUAAUUGCUCCAACAACCACAACUACUGCCCCAACAACUGCUCCACCAACAACCACUACUGUCCCAACAACUGCUCCAACAACUACUGCCCCAACAACUGUCCCAACAACCACCACUACUAUCCCAACAACUGCUCCAAUAACCACCACUACUGCCCCAAUAAUUGCUCCAACAACCACCACUACUGCCCGAACAACUGUCCCACAAACCACCACUACUGAUCCAACAACAACCACUACUGCCCCAACAACCACCUUUACUGCGCCAACAACCACUGUUACUGUCCCGACAACAAUCAUUACUUCUCCAACAACGACCAUAACUACACCAACAACAACCACUACUGCUCCAGGAACUACCACUACUGCCCUUGUCACCAUCUCUACUGCUCCUUCAGCAACCACUGUUGCCCCAAACAACAAUAUUCUCCCUAGAACAUACACUCAUGCCCCAAUAACAACUAGGGCCCCGACAACCACCACUAUUACUUCAACUACCACAACAGCAAUGACAUUCAUGACUUCUACCUCUACAGCCACCAGUACCAACCCAGCUACAACCAUUACAGCUCCUACAACCACUGUUACUGCCGUGAUAACUGCUAAUGAUGCCAUCUCUGUGGAGUGCAAAAUUGAAGGCAUCACUGUGACAAUCACCAAGGAUUUCCUUGUCAGCAACAGAAUCCAGGAAAGCACCUUAUACUUGGGCUCGCCGAAAUGUGUCAUCAAUGGAUGGAACACCACACACAUCUGGCUGACCACGGUCAACUGGGAUAAGUGUAACACUACUGUUAAGACUAAUGAAACCUACUACACAGCAUCUGUUACCCUGUUCAAUACCAUGGACUCAACCAAUGGAACAUUGAAGGCACCCAGAAAACAUCUGAAGGUUCCCAUCAUGUGUACCUACAAGAAGGACAUAGUCAUCUCUGCUGACUUCGGCUCCAUGGGAUAUGACAUCAUCCAAGAUGUCAUUAUGGGCUUGGGGUCGUUCCAGGUCAGAGUGCAGCUGAUGAACGGUACAGUGCCUCUACCCCAUAACUACAGCUUGUCCUCUCAGGAGUCUGUGGUGGUGGAAGUCAGCCUCAACACCUCCUCAGAGCAGAUUAAAGUAGUCAUCAACAAAUGCUGGGCCACUCCCACUCCAAGAGCUACAGACCGCCCGAGCGAAACCUUCCUGGAGAACAGCUGUGCCGUGAACCCUUUUUAUACCACAGUGUUGAUGAACGGAAACUCCAGCACAUCACGUGUGUCUGUGAAGAUAUUCGCUGUUGUCGACCUGGAUGUGAUCUAUGUGCACUGCCAGGUCCAGAUCUGUGUGGAGAUCGGAUCAGAGACCUGCGUGCCUGACUGUGUUCGAGGAAGAACAACUCGGUCUUCAAGAACAAUUGCAAGUUCUUUGGGUAGCACCGGGCCUCUGAAGAGGGCAGAUGAUGAAUCCUUGGAGGAGGGAUACACCAUUCUUCAUAUAGUCGGGCUCUCCUUCCUGGGAAUCGGCCUGGCUCUCUUCUUCAUCAUUGGUUUCGUCUGCCUGUUCUACUACCAAAGGAACCGCAUUGGACACUACAACUUCAGCACCAAACCCAAGCAGGAGAACUUCACCUACCUUGUCUUUAACACCUAGGGGUGCAGCAGCAGAUACAUUAAGUAGGCUAUUACACCUUAGCUACCACUGGGUGGCAUUGUUGCACCAUUCACAUAUUAGUUCUCAACAAACCUUGCAAAUUUUUGCACAAGAAACACAAAAUAGAGAUUAUUUAUAUUGAUAUUUUACGUCCACUCAACAUAUAUUUAAGAUAUUAAAAUGCUGAGAGUAGUUGCUUACCGAAAUAUAGAGUAACUAUAAAAAUGUUAAGAAUAUUGAACAUUAAAGAAUAAAUAGGUAUGACAUGUUACACAUUUUAAAAGGUUUAAGUCUUGAAAGUUUAAGCUACAUUUUGCUUUUAGUUGAGACAAAAACUAAAGACACAGAAGCACGAGAUAUAAUGAUACUGAGGGCAAAAUAUCAGUUCAGAAUACUGGAAAUACGCACUGAGUAUGGAUAUUAUUUCACCACAUGGUUUACAUUAAAAUUGCAAUAUAAGAGGUUUAUUAUAAACUAGAUUGUAUGGAAAAUAUUUGUUGAUGUUGUCGAAUAUACUUAUAAUAUACCAUGUGCAAUACUGAUCAAGCACAGCUUCACUUUACUUCAUUUUAGCUGCUAUUUUUGACAAUAACUCAUUUUUAUUUGUACUGUUUGUUUGUACUCUGUGUUCUUAAAUGUAUAUUUAUUGUGUUUCACAUCAGAAAUAUUAAUUUUGUGCUCACUUACAUGAACUGGCUCUCUUUACUGGCUGUAUAAGGUGAUAAUAAACAUG